AUGCAGGAAUCACUGCCCACAUCCCCUAACGGCGUGUCUGGUCACGAUGCGGCCCCGCCAACAAGUCAGAUCCUGACAGGCAAACAGGAGCACUAUCUCAAGCGCGAGCUCAUUGCCCGCCAAGUUCACGGGGAAAUCUCCGAGCUAAACUCCCCAACAGCACUCCAGCGUUUUGGCGCCCCUUUUCGAUCAGAAUUCGGUGAAGUCGCCCCCGUUGAUUCCGAGCUCCCUAUCCUACGCUACAUUUUCGUGCACCAUGUUCGCAAUUUUCCCUUUCUCAACCAGGCCGAGGAGAAGCAAUUCUGGCAAGAUAAACUACAAAUAUUCCUUGAAUCAUUCGCCAAUAAGCAUGUCUCGUCAUCGGAAGAUCGUCUAGAGGAAACAAAGCGCCGGAAACUGGCUCGCAAGUGUGAGAAGCUCGUGGAGUUGAUGAUGGUCUCUGGCGUGCCGACGGCGUCAGGAUAUGAAGAGCGCAUCCAGUUCUCGGAGAUGGAAGUUGUGGAGCGCGGUGCCAAUGAUAAGGGUUUACUUGUCAAUAUGCCCGAAGGAAACGCGAUCAACUCUUGGGACGUGAACGUGGCUGCGGUUCGCGUGACUUCUGUCAAGCGGACGGUCCGAUAUCAUCCUCACGCUGAAUUCCUCAUCAGGGUUCGUCGAGAUGACAAGGAAGAGUUUCACAUCGGCAGAAGAUAUGGCAAAUUUGUCGACCUCCACCGAAGGCUGCGCACCGAGUUCCCUGGCAAGCAUUUGCCGCCUCUCCCACGGAAAAACAAAACUUCAACAUCAUCCAGCUGGUUUGGGUCGGCAGAUGACGAUGCUUCUUCCAUCUCUUCCCUCUCCUCGACCCAGGACGCCAGUAUUGUUGAAGAUUCAAACGGGCUCUCCGGUCGCACUUUGGCACCCGGAGGCGCCCAUAAGCGAUCACCAUCACGGGCGUCUUUCCGUUCUUCGAAAUCUCCUCGCGCAUCUGCUGAUGUUUCAAGGGAGACAGUUCUCUAUCGAGAGGAACAGCGGGUGUCUUUGCGUGCCUUCCUGCGUACCCUCUUACAGAAUAAGCGUAUUGCAGAGUCCAAAUCGAUGGAAGAGUUUUUGACUUCAGAUCCCAUCAAAUUAAAUGAAGAGGAAUUACUCGAUGUUCAAAAGCGAAAGAAUAUGGACGCUGUCAGGAUUGAAGAGCAAAAACGAUUCUAUGAAAUCGCAAGGCAACGAGCUGCGGAGUUGGACGUUUAUAUGGAGAAGUUCCGGAAGGAUAUUGUGGAGGACAAUGGCUUGACGAAGCUUUUUGCUGAGAUUCGAGAGAAACCCUCCAUUGCAGACCUAAGCCCGCAAUAUCAGAAAUUCGCCGAGUGGCUUCGCAUCGAAGUUGCUGCGACCGUCUACCACCUAUUCCUUGCAGAAGACAACUCGCCUGAAUUGUUUGCGCAGGCAAAGAGAAUACAUGGCCUUGUCCCGUAUACAUUGCUGAAGAAUGUGAUUCGCAUCGCCAAUCCGGCUGCCGUCAUGUCAGGCGUCCUCGACCUUUUUUUAGCACAACCAUUUGGAUCACGGUCGCUUCUGCAGCGCAUAUUUUCUCUGACUCUCAACGACAGCAUCAGGGACUUCCAAAAGGGCAUUGCUUCCAUGACUGCCAAAGUUGAAGAUCCAGUACUCGCUCAAAAGCUCAAGAGCUUUGUUGAUUCUGAAGAGAGUAUCAAGAAUGACAUCCGUCUAGAAGCAGAGACCGACGAUGUUGAUCUAAUUGUGGCCAUUCUUCGUUCCGAGGCACUGUCACCAGAUCUCACCCCAGAGCAAAUUGGGAAGGUUUUCAACAGCUGGGUCGCUUGGAACUAUGCUGUUGACAACGUUGACCUGGAAAUGCAGCAAGGUGCUCAGUGGUUUGCAAACAUGAAACAGCUACUCAAGCUGUAUACUCGCCAGCGCGACAAGGCAAUGAUGCUCAGUAUUGUCGAGGAGCCUGCCACGCUUCAACUCUUCCGCGACCUGUUCACCAUCUUUUAUGAACCGCUUGUCCGGGUCUACAAGUCUGCCAAUGUGUACAGCAGUAUUACAGAUUUUGCUCAAUUCGCUGAUGAUGCGAUAUCCGUCAUUGAGAGUGCCCAGCGCCAAGAUGCCUCAGCCGACCCCAACCAGACAGUUCAGUCCUUUAUUGACCUCUGUGCUCGUCACCAAGAUAACUUCUAUAAAUUUAUCCAUGAGGUACACCAGCAUGACAACGGACUUUUCCAGUCUCUCAUGUCCUGGAUUGAGGAGAUUCUUGACUUCCUACGCAAGGGACCCCAGGGUGGUAAGCUGGAUAUGAACGCUAUGUUCCAGGGAGCUGCCAGUGCUGGCCAGGUAAACAAGGAUGUUGCUCUCGCUGAGAUCAAUGCUUUGAUCAAGUGGCACGAAGACCGCAAGCGGUGGCACCUCAACAAGACUCGCCAAAAGAUGGCUGCUGAGGGAACAACUGAAAAUGUCCCAGGUUCUGCGACGUUCAAAGGCAGUGACUUUGGCCUGGACGAGGCUGAUCUGGAAGAUCUUACAAUCUCUGAUGACGCAUCUGACUCUUCUGAUGAGGGAACUGAAGACGAUGAAGAGGAUGAUCCCAUUGCAUCCGAGCGUCGUCGGCGGGUCAAGAAACAGGACCAGCUCCGCCGUACCGCGGGAGAACCACCAAAGCCUGAAAUUACGGAGAUUCUCAAGCUCACCGAUCCUUUCGUGGUCAUGUUACGCUACACGCUCGCCGAGUGA